UUAUAGAUUAUAUUAAGCUAUUGUCAAUGUUAAAUUUAUAAAUCAUGAUUUUAUCAAUUGAUAAUUAACUUUUGGAAAUAGGAAAUGAUAAACUAGUUACAAUACUUGUAUUUGCUUGACAAUUCUGAUCUUUUGAGUGAUAUUGUAUUUUUUAUAGAAUAUCUAUUGCAGUUGUUUAGCAAGUAAGAUGUCUGUGAAUACAGCUAUGUUCAGGCUUUGGAGAAGAAGUAAUCCUGUUAUCAUACAUUUAUGGAAGUUACAUAAAACACUUCAAGUCCAGAGAACAGUUUGCAUUUCCUCACAGAACAGAUUCUAUCUUAACAAUAUUAAUCGAGCUGAAAACAAAGUAACAGUGAAUCAGAAAACAGAUUGGAAUAAAACUAUGUCAGAAGCAGAGAAGAUUGUCGGUUAUCCAACAUCUUUUUUAAGUUUACGGUGGCUGUUAAGCGAUGAGAUUGCUAAUGUUGCAUUGCACUUGAGAAAGCUGGUUGGAUCAAAUCAUCCCGUGUUAAAAACAGCCAAGAGCAUUAUUUACAAUGGUCGUAACACACAGGCGUUUGGUCUCAUUGUACUGUUGAUUUCUAAAGCUGCUGGUCACUUGAAUGCAAAUCCGAUAGAGGAGGAUAAAGCUGCAGGUGUAUUACAUAGUCAAAGAGCAUUAGCUGAAAUUACAGAAAUGAUACGUACUAGCAAUUUAAUACAUAGAGGUCUGGUAAAUAUAAAUAUAGAUGGAUCUAGGGAAUCUUCAGAGUUGAAUAAUAUGACUUUUGGCAAUAAAAUAGCAUUGUUGUGUGGUGAUUAUUUGCUUAGUAAUACAUGUACCGAAUUGGCAGCUCUUAAAAAUCAGGAUCUUGUAUUUUUAAUAUCAAGUGCAGUAAGAGAUUUGUGCCAAGUAGAAUUUGUAGCACGUAGAGAUCAUCAAAAUUUUCCCAUACCAUCUGUACCAUCUAAAGAUCGUACAGACUAUGCACUGAAAGAAUGGACGCUUUUAAAUGUUUAUGGUGCUGGAUCGUUGCUUGGGAAAAGCUGUCAAGGAACAUUAAAAUUAGCUGACCAUAGCAAAGAAAUCGAGGAGAAAGGUUACGAAUUUGGCAAGCAUUUAGCUUUAGCUUGGCAGGCUUCUUUAGACUUGGGUUUGUGCAUCAAUAAGGAUAAGGGGAUUUUACAUAAUUUAUGUGCUGCUCCGAUUAUGUUCCAUGUGGAACAUGACCCAUCAAUUUUAACAGAGCUUGAUAAAGGAUUGGAAUCAGUUGAAAACGUUGACUAUUUAAAGGUACUUGAAAUUGUCGCAGCUGGUCCUGGCAUUGGCUUAACUAAAGAACUUGUAAAGGAACAGUCACAAAAAGCAAUGGAAAUCUUAAAUGUAUUUAAGGAAAGUGAUGCCAGAAAAGCGUUAUCUAAUAUUAUUGUUGCUAUAGAACGAUGACAGAAAUAAUUGAAUUACGGCCUGACAAAAGUUUGAUGAACUCGGCCUUUGAAAAGU